UGUUAGAUUAAUUUUCUUGGGUGCAGUUCAAAAUGGCAGCCAACAGUGCAAAAACUACAAACCCAACAGUUGGAAAUAAAUAAAAACAAAAGAAAACGUCCAUUUUUUUCUCCUUAUCCCACUUUUCAUUAACACUUUCUUGUGAUUUUUUAAAGAAUAAACAAAACAAAAACGUUCAUAUGCACACCACCCAAGAAAGUUGCAGAUGCUCCUUCCUCUCUCUAGCUAUACAUUUUUCUUCUAAAAACAAUAAAUUUUGAAUUAAUUGACUAGGGUGUUGGAACUUCUCUUUACAGCUAUGCGUAGUUAGUGCAAAAUGGUUUCUUCCUUCGUGGGUUUCCUUCACUCUGCUGCACUUGGGAACCAUUAAUGGUGGAUAUGAGUAGUUGUACUUCUUGAAGCAAAAGCUGUACAUUUCUCAUUCGAGGAAUACUUGUUUGAUUUCUUUCUCUUGGGAACUCUUGGAUUUUACUUUUUGGGUUGCACCCAAAAUGGAGGAUGGUAAAGGAGUUAGCUUUAUAAUGCUGCUGCUGUGUUUGUGGAUUUUGGUUGGGUGCUGUUUGGGACAGAACACUUCAGAUUCGGUUACUGCUGUGUAUAUUGUGACAAUGAAACAAGCCCCUGUUUCUCAUUACUACAGUGAGUUCAGAGUGAAGAAGGAGCAUCAAAUUAAGCGGAGCGAUUCUGAGAGAAGGACUAGACUGGAUAAACCCAGCAAUAUUUCAAGAACAGAUAGGCACCGCGGAUCAUAUGUAGCCCGUGUACAUGAUUCCCUAUUGAGGAGGGUAUUAAGAGGGGAAAAAUAUCUUAAAUUGUACAGCUACCACUAUCUGAUAAACGGAUUUGCUGUGCUUGUCACCCCACAGCAGGCUGGCAAGCUUUUGAGGAGGAGAGAAGUGUCAAAUGUGGUUUUGGAUUUCACUGUAAGAACUGCAACCACUCACACUCCCCAGUUCCUAGGUCUUCCGCAAGGGGCAUGGGCAAAAGAAGGAGGAUUUGAAACUGCAGGAGAAGGGAUUGUGAUUGGAUUCAUUGACACCGGAAUUGAUCCAUUGCACCCCAGCUUCUCUGAUGAUGCACCUGAUAAACCGUAUCCAGUACCAGAGCAUUUUUCUGGCAUUUGUGAAGUCACGCGAGACUUUCCAUCUGGCUCCUGCAAUAGGAAGCUUAUUGGGGCUCGCCAUUUUGCGGCAUCUGCCAUAACUAGAGGGAUAUUCAAUGCCACUCAGGACUAUGCUUCACCGUAUGAUGGGGAUGGCCAUGGAACCCAUACGGCUGCAACUGCAGCUGGAAACCAUGGGAUUCCGGUCGUAGUAGCUGGGCAUCACUUUGGAAAUGCCAGUGGAAUGGCUCCUCGUUCACACAUUGCUGUUUAUAAGGCAUUAUACAAGAGCUUCGGAGGCUUCGCGGCGGAUGUAGUUGCUGCAAUAGACCAGGCAGCUCAGGAUGGAGUGGAUAUAAUAAGCUUGUCAAUAACUCCAAACAGGCGUCCUCCAGGCAUUGCCACUUUUUUUAAUCCUAUAGACAUGGCAUUACUGUCAGCCAUAAAGGCAGGUAUCUUUGUAAUACAGGCAGCAGGGAAUACUGGACCAUCACCUAAGAGCAUCUCUUCCUUCAGUCCAUGGAUAUUUACUGUGGGUGCUGCUUCUCACGAUAGAAGCUAUAGUAACUCUAUUGUCCUUGGAAACAACAUAACGAUUUCUGGAGUUGGAUUUGCACCGGGAACGGAUGGAGAUACAAUGUAUACACUGGUUUCUGCAAUUCAUGCUUUAAAUGAGACGGUUGCUGCAAAUGAUAUGUAUGUUGGUGAAUGUCAAGAUGCAAGCAAUUUUAAUCAGGAUAUUAUUCAAGGGAAUCUCUUGAUAUGUAGCUACUCAAUCCGGUUUGUACUUGGGCUGUCCACUAUCAAACAAGCUUUAGAAACAGCUAAAAACCUGAGCGCGGCUGGUGUCGUGUUUUACAUGGAUCCCUUUGUCAUUGGUUUCCAACUUAACCCCAUCCCCAUGAGAUUGCCUGGCAUCGUAAUUCCAUCUCCAGAUGAUUCCAAGGUUUUGCUCAAGUACUAUAAUUCUUCUUUGGAGAGAGAUGGAGUUACACAGAAAAUUGUUAAGUUUGGGGCAGUUGCAUGCAUCUCUGGUGGAAUAAAAGCAAAUUUCAGCCAUUCUGCUCCGAAGAUUAUGUAUUAUUCUGCUAGAGGACCAGAUCCAGAGGACAGUUUCCUUGAUGAUGCUGACAUACUGAAACCAAACCUUGUUGCACCCGGAAACUUAAUAUGGGCUGCCUGGAGUUCCCGCGGUACUGAAUCAGUUGAAUUUCAAGGUGAAAACUUCGCUAUGAUGUCUGGAACGAGCAUGGCAGCUCCUCAUGUUGCUGGGCUUGCAGCUUUAGUAAGGCAGAAAUUUCCCACCUUUUCUCCUUCAGCCAUAGCGUCUGCACUUUCAACAACAGCUUCACUUUUUGAUAAAAAUGGAGAUCCCAUUAUGGCACAACGUGCUUAUGCGAACCCUGAUUUGAACCAAUCUCCUGCUACACCCUUUGACCUGGGUAGUGGUUUUGUUAAUGCAACUGCUGCCCUGGAUCCAGGCCUUAUUUUUGAUUCAAGUUAUGAUGACUACAUGUCCUUCCUUUGUGGCAUAAAUGGAUCAUCUUCUGUAGUUCUAAACUACACUGGUCAAAGCUGUGGAGUUUCUACCAUGAAUGGCACUGACCUAAACUUGCCCUCCAUUACAAUAUCAAAGUUGAACCAGUCGACCACCAUUCUACGAGCAGUGACUAACGUUGCCGGAAAUGAGACAUAUCGAGUAGGUUGGAGUGCCCCUUAUGGAGCUUCCGUUAAGGUGAUGCCGACUCACUUUUUUAUUGCAAGUGGAGAAAAACAGGUGUUGAGUGUAUUCUUUGAUGCAAUUCUGAACAGUUCAGUUGCAAGCUUUGGAAGAAUUGGACUGUUUGGUACUCAGGGUCAUGUAGUCAACAUUCCUUUGUCAGUCAUUGUGAAAAUUUCAUACAACACAACUAAUGCCUGGUGAUAAUUUCCUUGUAAUAGAGUCCAAUUUUUUCAUUAGUUGCUUUGUAAAUGAUUAUCAUUGUUAACAGGGGCGGAUCCAGACCGUUUGAAC